CGAGAAAUUUUCUCAUAAGCUACUUCUAUCUAUGUUGAAGCAAGUAGGACUAACAGCAAACCUUUCUUCAUGGCCUUGCCUGCCUUUUUUCUCAAACAAGGCUUCAUCUCUACAUAGAGGCAUUAAUAUUAAUCCAAUUGAAGCUUUCAAGCUGCAAAGCCAGAGAUUGCAGAGCAUUCGUUGCAAUUCAAGGCGAAGAGUAAGAUACGAAGAUGAAGAUGAAGUCGUUGAUGAAGAAUAUGGUCACAAUUCAGAGAUUGCCAUGUUAGAAUCUUACAGCGAGUCAGCCAGGAAUGAGGCUCUUCUAGUACGAGCAGUAGUGGAUAACCAAGAAGAGGAAGUGCUGAUCUUCAAGGGGUUCUCAUCUUGCUUGAGCUACAGGACUUCACCAAACCCAUCAAGAAGUGUUCUUCCAGCAAGGGCAGUUAUCAAGUCCAUAGACAGAAUAAAAGGGCCCUUCAACCCUGCCAAUAUUGAGUACAUUGAGAAAGAUUUGACAUGGGAAGCUUUUAAGAGCCGUCUCCAGCUCAAUUAAUACUAGUUCUUAGCUUUUCAGCUUUUACCACAUUAUAGAUACAAGGAAGGAAAGAUAAAUUCCUAUUUUCCCUUUGAUUUUAUUUUACUUGCAUAACCAAUAUGGGUUUUGUUUGCAUGACAAAGGACAUAGAAUUAACGAUUCUUGAUUGGCAUUGAGAAAGGCAACGUUGUCUGCUGCAA